UUGUCCUGACAUUUGGGUAGAGUCCCACUUCACGAACUACAGUGUUAGUAUUGGAUGUUACCAGUUUGAAACAAAACAACCCACGCAGAAUUCUGUUUGGCAUAUUCUGGCAACAUAACGUGAUUCCCUAACGAGGUUCCGUGGCAGCUCAAAUUUUGUCCUUCUCCGCAAACUCGCCACGUCAGCCUCAAUAAAACAUUCACCAUCACCAUGUCUUCUCAGAAUUCGGUCCAAAGCAUUAGUUCUCUUACCAAACUUGCUCCACUUGAAGCAGUGCUCUUUGAUGUAGAUGGAACCCUUUGUGAUUCUGAUCCUCUCCAUUACUAUGCUUUACGUGAUAUGCUACAAGAGAUUGGUUUUAAUGGAGGUGCUCCAAUAACAGAGGAAUUUUUUAUUGAGAAUUUUACUGGCAAGCACAGUGUUGAUACUGCCUUGGCUAUCUUUCCUAAUGAUCUGGAACGAGGUUUAAAAUUUGUAGAUGAUAAGGAAGCCAUGUUCCGAAGAUUGGCGGCAGAACAGCUGAAGCCUUUGAAUGGCCUCGAUAAAGUGAGGAAAUGGGUUGAAAAUCAUGGUCUAAAGCGAGCUGCAGUGACCAAUGCUCCAAGACCAAAUGCAGAACUCAUGAUCUCAAAAUUUGGUCUCUCAGAUUUCUUUGAUGCUGUUAUUAUUGGCGACGAUUGUGAACAUGCCAAGCCUCAUCCAGACCCGUACUUGAAAGCUCUUGAAGUUCUGAAGGCAUCAAAAGAUCACACAUUUGUAUUUGAGGAUUCUGUUUCUGGGAUCAAAGCUGGAGUUGCAGCUGGGAUGCCUGUUAUUGGUUUAGCUACACGAAAUCCAGAACAUAUACUGAUGGAAGCAAAGCCUGCUUUUCUGAUUAAGGAUUAUGCUGAUCCAAAAUUGUGGGCUGCUCUAGAAGAACUUGACAAGGCGGGUGCACAUUAAGUUUGAAUUACUAGUUCAACUGACAGAAUUUCUGAAUAAAAACGAGCAAGUAAGGAAGAUUUCAUAUUAAAUUCACCGGUUUGCCUGCAUAAUUUUGUUGUGGGAACGAUGUUAUAAUACCAGUUCAGGAUCAAGGUUGCUUUGGAACUGAUGGCAAAUGGUUAUAUUCUAUUUGCAAUAUAUAGAAAAAACUGGAGUACAAUUUAGAUUUUUCAAUCUUUUCAUAAUAUUGUUUGUCAAAUAAUCAUAAGCUUAAUUUCAGUUUG